ACGGCGAGCUGUUCACCGCCACGACGACCAACUUCAGAGGAGUCGAACCACAGAUUUCUCGACACUUCAGCAAAGACGGCCGCCCAGACGUCAGCCAGGACUCGUCGGUCAGCCUACUGGAGGAGCCAACGUUUGUGAGCUCGGCCUGGACCUAUUAG